UGUUUUGUUGUCUGCAGACAAUAAAGAUGGCUGCUGGACCCGCGUAAAUUCUAGACUCCACUGAGGGCACUAUCCUACUUUUCUUGCUGACCACCAAAUCCCAAGACAAGUAAAGAAGAAACCAUGGCAUAUGAGGAGUAUAAGGAUGUAGGGGCAGACGGAGGCCUUGUGGCAGGUCGUACUCAGAGAGAAAAGAGGAGGUCGUACAAGGAUCUGUUACGGGAGGAGGAGGAGAUGGCUGCUGAGGUCCGAAAGUCAUCUAAGAAACGGCCAAAGGAUUCAGAGUUUUUCAUGAUGAGCGGAGACUUGCACAAAAAGAAGAAGAAGCAUGGUGAUGACUAUUACAUGGACCACGAAGGUUCAGGUCCACCUCCCCAUAAGAAAAAGCACAAGUCUGUCGACCGUUCACCUCUUUCUUCUCCUUCGUCGUCACAUUCCACUGACACAGCGAUGGGCCUCCUGCAGGCCAUCACUUCCCCUAUGGCCACAGGUACAGACCCCAGCCCCCACCUGCACAAGAAACCAUCCUAUCCAACGUUCUCCUCUCACUCCUCCAAGGAGCGCAAACGUGAAAGCGGCAGCAGCGGCGUAGCUGUAGGCAAAAGCAGCCAUUCUUUCUCACUCUCACGCCCCGUGUCUUCAUCGUCAUCUUCCUUCAAAAAGCACUCAUCCUCUUCCUCAAAGUCAUCUCUGUUUCACGGCGGUGCUCCCAAAGAGGAGCCACUGACUUUACGGGAGGCUGACGGACUGAAAAUGAAGCUUAUCAUGUCUCCAGAGAAAGAGGAACCAGAGAGCUUCCCGCUAACGUCGCACUCGUCCAAAAGUGGUGGGAAGAAAGAGAAAAAUAGAGAAAGGAUGCAGCCAUCGAAGUCGCCUAAGAAGAAGCUGCAGCAGAACAGAGACCCGCUGCCUGUGGUCGGGAAGGAGGUGGAGGUAGAAGGCCAUUAUGGAGGUGGCAUGGGAGAUGACAGCUCUUCAUCUGGGGGAGAACUGGAGGCCGGUGAACUGGUUAUAGAUGACUCGUAUACACACUUGUCGAAGAAGAAGAAAAAGAGCAAGAAAAGCAAGAAGAAAAAGGACAAAGAGAAAGACAGAGACAAGGAUAAAAGUGGGAAGGACAAGAAGCACAGCAAAGGAUUUGGUGACUCAUCCCGAAGCCACAGCCACUCCCACCCUACUGUCACUCACAGUGCUGUUGGUCCGAUGUACGCCAUGAGCAAGCCCAUCGCUCCUCACCACCAGAGCAGUGAUGGAGCAGCAGAGAAGAAGAAGAAGAAGGAGGAUAAAGACAGAGAAAAGCACGAGAAGGAGAAAGAUAAGACCAAGAGGAAGACCACAACAGCCUAUCAGGUGUUUUGUAAAGAGUACAGGGUCAACAUAAAUGCAGAACAACCAGGAUUAGAUUUUGGGGAGCUGAGCAGGAAGCUGGCAGAGGUGUGGAAGGCCAUGCCAGAGAAGGACAAACUGGUGUGGAGGCAGAAAGCUCAGUAUCUGCAGCACAAACAGAACAAAGCUGAGGCCACCACGAUAAAGCACAAGACCGCCAACGAUGGCAAAUGCAAAGUUGUAGGAACAGCAGCAGGGGUGGUGUCACCAACCAGAACUCCUGGCACCAUAUCCCUGUCCCCGGCUCGUGUGCCAGAUGUUGACCCCAUCGACGCGGCAGCUCACCUGCAGCUGCUCGGAGAGUCCUUGUCUCUGAUUGGCCACCGGCUGCAGGAGACAGAGGGGAUGGUGGCGGUCUCUGGGAGUCUGUCUGUCCUUCUGGACUCCAUCCUGUGUGCACUGGGCCCGCUGACCUGCCUCACAGCACAGAUACCACAGUUAAACGGAUGUCCUCGAAACGUCUUGGAGAUUAUGGAGGAUGAAAUGUGA